CGGCCCAACAGGGAAGACGACAUUUCUUCCUGUCCUGUUGAGAUUGAAACCAGGCAUAUAUAUUGCCAACGCGGUUGACGCGGCUAAAAUUUUUCGAAUAGAAUAGAUGGAGUGAGGCUCGAGUGGAGAAAAGCGCGCGCGAUUGAUAAAAGAGAAAAGCCAAUUCAGAACAUUUUACUGACGGCAGUUUUUCCGAAGAGUUGAUGCAUACCUACCUACUAUAUUUUCCUUGAUGCGAAUGAGAAAAGCCAAAGAGACAAAAUUCUACGUGCAUUCAGUGUUACAACAUAUAAUUGAUGCCAAAAAGUAAAUGUGAUUUCGUCGUUUUGUGUGAGAAAUGUGAUAUUGCUCUUCAGUCAAGUGUCCGCAUCGAACCGCCGAAAGGAAAAUAAAACAGCAAACAAAUCGUGUAGCGGAGAUUUGCGAAGAUUUGGGAUUAUCUCAAGUGGUGGCGCCUGGUGUUUCACGGUGCUGAAAGAAGAUUACUUAGUCAACGGCAGGCUAACCAGUGGCAGAGAAAACACAAACGGUAAAACGAGACGUUCGGAAAAUCAUAAGCUCGUAAAUUGAUUGCAUGCAUUAGCUCAUCUGUGUUCACGAAAGGUGGUCCAUCAGUGUAUAAUAUCCUCGCUGCACCGGAACAGAUCAUACGAUUAUUUUUGCAAUCUGUGUCGUGAAACAUCUUCAUCGUGUUGUUUUGUGUACUUUCAUUUAUAUUCAACGUGUACUACAUGAUAGUUACCCUCCUUUGGUACCCACUUUAAUCACUUUGUGUCGCGUGUAUCACAUAUCGUCCGAAUCAUCCGUAAGAUCCGACUGGGAAAAAUGGAGAUCGAAAUUCAAAAUCACAUUUCGCACCUGGGCAGAUUCACUGUCAAGAGUAGCGAAAAUGAUCGCCUUCUGGAUGAAGCGUGCACUAUGCUUUCCGAGUUGCUGCCACCGUUGGGUCGUAUGGCUUCGAAGAUGUCGACCGCCAGCAGCGAUGCCAAGGGGACGACCGCCAAGCCUAGCUCCACAGACGAUUCUACCCUACCACUCGAUGAGGUUGACAAGAACAUUUCGAUUGAGUUAAUUACAGAAGACGACGCCGAGGAAGUCCUGAAAUUGCUGAAAAAGUUCUUCUUCAAGGACGAGCCGCUUAACACAUUCGUCAAUCUAGGAGAAUGUAAGGAACUGGAAAAGUAUUCCACGAAAAACCUUCACGAACACUGUUCCUUUAAAGCGGUGAAUGGUCGAGGGGAAAUCGUGGGAGUAAACGUCAAUGGUGUGAUCAACAGGCCGAAAGAGACUGAUGAUCCCCCAGCAAAGCUAGCUGAUGGUUGUGAGCAUCCGAAGUUCAAAAAAAUCAUGGCUCUGAUGGACUACAUAGAUGAGCAUUUUAACAUUUUUGAUUUAUAUCCGGACGUUGAUCGUAUUCUGGAUAUUAAAAUCAUGUCAGUGGAUAGUCGCUAUCGUGGCUUGGGAAUCGCUGGGAAGCUCACCGACCGUACGAUGCAGUACGUGAAGGAUAAUAGCAUCAAACUAGUCCACGUUUUGUGUAGUAGCCAUUUCUCCGCCCGAGUAAUGGAAAAGAUGAGCUUCGAAGAAGUGUACAAGCUAAAUUACAGCGAUUACCUAGUCAAUGGCGAACAAGUUUUCGACCCAGAGAAGCCACACACUGCAGCCCGAAUUUUAGUAAAAAGACUGGCCUAAAUAGUCGUUCCAAGAAAAUUUCAAACAAACUCAGACGCAAUAUGAUUUAAGUUAUAGGUAUUACCUCAAAAAACGUGGAUAAUGUAUGCUGAAGUCAGUUUACGUAGUUCAAUGAUUUUAAACCCCGUACUGCACAAAUUUGGGUCCGAUGGAAGAAGUUGCAUUAAUAUGCUAUUUUUCGUAUCAUGGAUCCACUUAGCUUAGCUUAGCUUGUAGGUAUUGUCAAUUAAUGGUGUUUGACAAGAUAUUCCUUAACGUGAAAUGUGAAAAGUUGCAUAACGUUGAAAAACCUUAGUGAUAUUUUUAAAUGAUAAACAAAUACCGUUUCGCACCAGUAGCACUGGAUACCCGUACUAUUUUGGUUUUAUUUUGGAAUAGCUGCUACGAUGAACGAUCAUUUGAUAUUUGAUUUGAUAUAUACUUUAAAGUAAGCACAAAUAAUUUAUGCGAAAUGAAUGUAAUAAAAUCUUAUCUACAACA